AUGUCGGCAGCCAUCACUCUGACCCUCCCCGGAGAUUACGGCUACGUCCUCCUGGCCGCCGCCUCAUCCUUUUUCCUCCAGACGUACCACAUGGUACUGUCGUCCAAGGCCCGCAGGGCAUCAGGGUUGGCGUAUCCCAUUGCUUACGCCGAAGCCCAAGUCGCGGCCAAGGACCCCAAGGCGUUCGCCUUUAACUGCGCGCAACGCGCUCAGACCAACUUUACCGAGAACCUCACACCUUUCCUCGGUGCCCUCCUCAUCUCCGGCCUCAAGUACCCCAUCCCGAGUGCCUGCCUCGGCGCCGGCUGGGUUGCUUCCCGCUUCAUCUACGCCAGCGGAUACACCACCUUUGGCCCCCAGGGCCGUGGGAUCGGCUUUGUCGGCUCCGCAUUGGCUGACCUGUCCCUCAAGUUCAUGGCAUUCUACUCGGCGUACAGCUUGUCGUUUGAGUGUUACACGGUGCGUUUUGUUAUUCAGCCCGUAUUCCUCUCCGUUGGUGGCCGCCACUCCAACUUCAGUCCCUCGAAGACCCUCCUUUCUGCAGUGAGCAUAUCUGGCGCCGGCACGCCAUUUCUGCUCUCCAAGUCCACCCACCGGCCAUUAGCCCGCGACCGGAUGCCACUGCUGUCGAACUUGAGAUUCAGCUUUUCCUUGCAGUACUUGCGCAUAUCUCGCUGGAAUGUGGUCCCGCUAGUCCAGCCAAGGACAGCACAGCCUGCCGUCUUCCAGGGGCUGAUGAUGAUGUCCACCUGGCGUGUAGCUCAGAGUGUGCGUGACGUAGUCGCUAUCCGAGAGGCCAUCUACGAGCUUUGUAACAAACCUGUAUGUCGCGGACUCGUCUGGGUGGCUGAGAAUCAGGUCGACGUCGCCGCUUUCAGCUUUGCCCCUGCGAUAACCGCCAACUAUGACCAUCUGAAAGCCACUUCGAAUCUUAUUGGCAUGCUGGAGAACUACACUGGCAAUCUUUUCGACCUCCUCUCGGGGUAUCUUCAGCUGAAGUUCGUCGUAGUAUUUGAUGCCGAUCUGCUGGACGCGCGUGAGCGAUUCCCAGCCAUAUUCGACGACGUCGUCGAGAUCCCUCCAUCCUUUGUUGUACCAAUCCCCCGCGGUCGUGGCGCCCACGCCCCACGUCGAAUGGAAUUCCCGGAGAACCUUGAGUCUGGGAUCUUGCGCGGCCUCCUCGACCUCCCUAAUCUUGCCGGUGUGUUUCCAUUCCUGAUAAAGGAUGGCGAUUUUCUCGUUGCAUCCAGGCAGCCUUUGGACCUCUAUCGAAAGUCGUCAGCAUGA